CGGAGGAGGCGGCGGCGGCGAUGGAGGUGAAGCGGCUGAAAGUGACCGAGCUGCGGUCGGAGCUGCAGCGGCGGGGCCUGGACUCUCGCGGCCUGAAAAUGGAUCUGGCGCAGCGUCUGCAGGAGGCGCUGGAUGCUGAGAUGCUCGAGGACGAAGCCGGCGUUGGUGGGGCCGGGCCCGGCGGGGCCUGCAAGGCGGAGCCUCGGCCCGUGGCCUCGUCGGGCGGAGGCCCGGGUGGGGACGAGGACGAAGACGAGGAGGACGAGGAGGAGGACGAGGAGGCGCUGCUUGAAGACGAAGACGAGGAGCCGCCCCCUGCUCAGGCUUCGGGGCAGGCCGCGCAACCUCCUCCGGAGCCCCCGGAGGAGGCAGCCUCGGAGGCCGCGGUCGAGCCUGAUGUUUCCAACAAGCCGACGGAAGCCACAGCCGGGUCAGGGGGGGUAAAUGGUGGCGAAGAACAGGGCACCGAUAAAGGGGAGGAAGAAGAGCCGGAGGAACGGAGCGGGGACGAAGCGCCAGGAUCCGAGGCACCUGGGGAUAAGGCCGCAGAGGAACCGGGAGAUGACCAAGAUAGUGAACAGUCAAAACCAGCAGGCUCAGACGGUGAGCGGCGGGGGGUAAAGAGACAGCGGGAUGAGAAGGAUGAACAUGGCCGAGCUUACUAUGAAUUCCGUGAGGAGGCUUACCACAGCCGCUCAAAGUCUCCACCACCUCCAGAAGAAGAAGCAAAAGAUGAAGAGGAGGAUCAGACCCUUGUGAACCUGGACACAUAUACCUCGGAUCUCCAUUUUCAAGUGAGCAAAGACCGUUACGGGGGACAGCCACUUUUCUCAGAAAAAUUUCCUACCCUUUGGUCUGGGGCAAGGAGUACUUAUGGAGUAACAAAGGGAAAAGUCUGCUUUGAGGCCAAGGUUACCCAGAAUCUCCCAAUGAAAGAAGGCUGCACGGAGGUUUCUCUUCUUCGAGUUGGGUGGUCUGUUGAUUUUUCCAGUCCACAGCUUGGUGAAGAUGACUUUUCUUAUGGUUUUGAUGGACGGGGACUCAAGGCAGAAAAUGGACAGUUUGAGGAAUUUGGUCAGACUUUUGGGGAGAAUGAUGUCAUUGGCUGCUUUGCUAAUUUUGAGACUGAAGAAGUAGAACUUUCCUUCUCCAAGAAUGGAGAAGAUCUAGGUAUAGCAUUCCGGAUCCACAAGGACUCCCUGGCCGACCGGGCCCUUCUACCCCAUGUCCUCUGCAAAAACUGUGCUGUAGAAUUAAACUUUGGCCAAAAGGAGGAGCCUUUCUUCCUACCCCCAGAGGAGUUUGUGUUUAUCCAUGCUGUGCCUGUUGAGGAGCGAGUGCGCACCACAGUCCCUCCCAAGACCAUAGAAGAGUGUGAGGUGAUUUUGAUGGUGGGACUACCUGGAUCUGGAAAAACCCAGUGGGCAUUGAAAUAUGCAAAAGAGAACCCUGAGAAAAGAUACAAUGUUCUGGGAGCUGAAACUGUGCUCAAUCAAAUGAGGAUGAAGGGGCUUGAAGAGCCGGAGAUGGACCCCAAAAGCCGAGACCUUUUAGUUCAGCAAGCCUCCCAGUGCCUUAGUAAGCUGGUCCAGAUUGCUUCCCGGUCAAAGCGGAACUUCAUUCUUGAUCAGUGUAAUGUGUACAACUCUGGUCAACGGCGGAAGCUAUUGCUAUUCAAGGCCUUCUCCCGGAAAGUGGUGGUGGUUGUCCCUAAUGAAGAAGACUGGAAGAAGAGGCUAGAGUUGAGGAAAGAAGUGGAGGGAGAUGAUGUGCCUGAGUCUAUAAUGCUGGAGAUGAAAGCCAACUUUUCUCUGCCUGAAAAAUGCGACUAUAUGGAUGAAGUGACAUAUGGGGAGCUGGAAAAAGAGGAAGCUCAGCCUAUUGUCACUAAGUAUAAGGAGGAAGCAAGGAAGCUGCUGCCUCCCUCGGAGAAGCGGACAAACCGCCGUAACAACCGAAAUAAGCGUAACCGGCAGAACCGAAGCCGGGGCCAAGGCUAUGUGGGCGGGCAGCGCCGAGGCUACGACAACCGGGCCUACGGGCAGCAGUACUGGGGGCAGUCUGGAAACAGAGGGGGCUACCGUAAUCUCUAUGAUCGAUACAGGGGAGAGUAUGACCGAUUCUACGGGCGAGAUUAUGAGUACAACAGAUACAGAGACUACUACAGACAAUACAAUCGGGAUUGGCAGAACUACUACUACCACCACCCGCAGGACAGAGACCGAUACUACAGGAACUACUACGGUUACCAAGGGUAUCGGUGAAAACCCUGGUAUCACCUGUCAGCCAUGAAGCUGAGUCUCUGGGUGUACCAGGCACCCCCCAAAACACAACCAAGGAAAACAGGGGCUGUUGGGGUGGGGCUGAGCUGCCAGG